ACCGUUACCUUGCCUUCCGCUGUCUGGGGUCGCGCGUGGGAGGGAGCGGUGCGUGCCGUAGGGUCACGUGGUGUGUGUGAACGUUGGGGGGAGGGGUGGCUCCGCGGCACGAAGAGGCAGCAGCAUGGCGGCAUCCCUGGGCGGCCUGGGCCUCCUGCAGGGCAGAGUCAGAUUGGCUGCGGCAGCCGCUGCCGCCUCGUCUCUCAGCCGGCCGGGCCCGCAGGGGCUGGUGCGGGGAGGGGCCGCUUGUUCUCCGACCGGGAGGGGCUACAGCUCCGAAGCCAAGGGGGAGGAGGAGCUGCGGGUCCGGUACCUGGAUGAGGAGAACCAAGGAAUUGUGGUACUUGGAUUAAACAGAUCUCGUGCCAAAAAUGCACUUAAUAAAAAUCUUAUAAAAAUGAUGUCAAAAGCUGUGGAUGCUCUGAAAUCUGAUAAGAAAGUACGAACUGUUAUAUUCCGAAGUGAAGUCCCUGGGAUAUUCUGUGCUGGUGCUGACCUUCAGGAAAGAGCCAAAAUGCACUCCAGUGAAGUUAGUUCUUUUGUCUCAAAAGCAAGAGCAACUAUUAAUGAAAUGGCUAAUCUUCCAGUACCAACAAUUGCUGCGAUAGAUGGGACUGCAUUAGGUGGUGGCCUAGAACUGGCAUUAGCCUGUGACAUAAGAGUGGCAGCAUCUUCUGCUAAAAUGGGUCUAGUUGAAACAAAGCUGGCAAUCAUUCCAGGUGCAGGCGGGACACAGAGGUUACCUCGUAUGAUUGGUGUAUCUCUAGCAAAAGAACUCAUCUUCUCUGCACGUAUUGUAGAUGGCGAAGAAGCAAAAUCAAUAGGAUUGGUCAGUCAUGUGGUGGAACAGAAUGAAUCAGGGGAUGCUGCCUACAGAAGAGCUUUAGCCCUAGCACAAGAAUUUUUACCUCAGGGACCUCUAGCAAUAAGAGUUGCAAAAUUGGCAAUCAAUCAAGGGAUGGAGGUGGAUUUAGUAACAGGCUUAGCAAUUGAAGAAGCCUGUUAUGCUCAGACUAUUCCAACAAAAGACAGAAUUGAAGGUCUUCUUGCUUUUAAAGAAAAGAGGCCCCCUCGCUACAAGGGAGAAUAGGAGAAACUGAUGCCUUGAAAAUACAAAUGAGAUAAACAUGGAAGGACCUUUCAGCUGCUCUUUGCCUCAGCGCAUGGAAUAUCACAACCACCAAAGUUAAAGCAAACCCUACCUACAUUACAGCAUCUGGAAUAUGUCCAGACGUGCCUGGCCCAAUAAUAUGUAUCAAGUCAUACUCAGCAUUGGUUAUGAAGGUUGCUCUGUAUAUUUGCAAGGUCACAGGUUCAUAAGCAUUUCUUUUAUUUCAUAUGUAUGAAACUAAUCAUUCCACAAUUCAAAAAAAAAAAAGUAAAUUCUUUUAAUAGACAAAGCCUAUAAAGUGGUAUGGAAUGUUUGUCUGUUGUACCAUUUUAUCAAAAUAAAUGAUUUCUACACACCAAAAAUGUGAAAUUAUACCAAAUCUGAUUUCUAAAUGAUUCUGUAUAUCAACCAAAAAUCAUGGUUCACUGUCUAUUCUAGCUGAAUAUGUAAAUUAUUAAUAAAGUUGGUGGAAAUCAGAAGAAUGAUUGUUUGAAAGAUUAUAAACUGUAUUUACUUGUCUCAUACUGUAAUAAGUAAGAUAAACUUCAUUUUGAGACUACUA